UCUGCUCUCCCCAUGCACCAAGCUCCGUGGGUCACGUACUCUGUGGGUCAGGUGGAAGUGUUGCCAGCGUUCCAGGUUAGCUGGUUUGUCUGCAGCUGUGUGCUGAAGCCAGAGAAGAGUUUUGAUUGUAACCCACCCACUUUGCACUGCCGAUGCAUGAUAAGAAUAUGCAAAUGUGGGUAGGGAGAGUGCAGAGAGCCAGUGAAGGUCUGGCAUCUCUCGAAGACAUCUGCUGAGCAUUUCGGUUUUUGCUGACUAGAUCCAGUGCCUUACUGUCUUUGAUUCAACUCUGCAAGGGGGAAACAAGAAAGCCACCCCAGACUCAGAAAGGGUUUCUGUGGUGACCUGAUCGUGCCUGUGAAGCAGAUUCCAUUCCAGUGUGCUAGAUCAGAGAAAGUGCAACAUUGACCAGAGAUGUACUUGAGCAACACUUUAAUGAUUUAAAAGGGACCUUAAAGAAGCUGUUGGAUGAGCGACUGAUGUCACUGCUGCAGGAAGUGGAUGUUAUAGAACAAGAGAGCAUCAAACCCUUGGAUGAAUGCCAGAAGCUGAUAGAGCACGGAGUCAGUACAGCCAACGAUCUGCUGCGGGAAGGAGAGAGUGCAGUCCAUGGAGAUGUGGGACAACAGAAUGAGAAACUUUGCAGCUUUACAAAAAAAGCCUUACAUAUUCAGCUAGACAGCUUACCAGAAGUGCCCUCUUUGGUUGAUGUGCCUUGUUUAUCUGCCCAGUUGGAUGACUGCCUUCUUACUAUAUUGAAAAAUCAAAUAUUCACACAUGGAACUGUGGCCUCUCGCCCACCUGUACAGCUGGAGGAGUUUGUUGAGAAGCCUGGAGGUAUUUUAGUCCGAUGGUGUAAGGUGGAUGAUGACUUCAUACCACAAGAUUACAGACUGCAAUACCGUAAGAGUACUGCCAGUCACUUUGAAGAUGUGUACGUUGGCUCGGAGACAGAGUUCAUAGUGCUGCAUAUUGAUCCUCAUGUUGAUUACCAGUUCAGAGUCUGCGCCCGGGGAGACGGUCGGCAGGAGUGGAGUCCGUGGAGUGUCCCUCAGAUCGGCCACACCACGCUGGUUCCCCAUGAAUGGACAACUGGUUUGGAGGGUUACAGCCUGAGCAGUCGAAGAAACAUAGCGCUUCGAAACGAUUCUCAGUCAUGUGGUGUGCUCUACUCCAAAGCUCCUACUUAUUUCUGUGGGCAAACAUUAACAUUCAGAAUUGAAACAGUGGGCCAGCCCGACAGACGAGACAGCCUGGGGGUAUGUGUGGAGCAGCAGAAUGGCUACGACUCUCUGCAGAGGGACAAGGCUGUGUGCAUCAGCACCAAUGGGGCAGUCUUUGUAAAUGGAAAAGAGAUGACAAACCAACUGCCUGCUGUUACUUCUGGAUCAACUGUGACAUUUGACAUGGAAGUUGUGCAGUUAGGCCCUUCCAGUAACGAGGCAGGAAACUUCAAGCUUCGAGUAACCAUCAGCUCCAACAACAGAGAAGUGGUCUUUGACUGGGUACUUGAUCAGUGCUGUGUCUCUCUGUAUUUUGGAUGUUCGUUUUCAUACCCAGGUUGGAAAGUUUUGGUGUUUUAGCAGUGAGUGAAGGGAUUUUUGGUUUUGCUAUAAAGUGUGAUGUUAAAACCUGGGAUUCCAUCUGUCUGAUGUCAAUCUUAACAAAAUCCUGUCUCUCUACUACUUGAACUCCUCUCUGUUGUACUUUGUACUGGAUUCAUUGACAAAAAAGAGUUGUGAAACGUCAGAUUUUUUUUUAUCUACUCUGGAAAAAGUUAGAAACAGGCAUUUGUGUAGGCAAAUUAAUUUAAGCACUCCAGAAGACCUUUCCCUUUUUCCCUCCAGACUUGAUUUUUGUCAGUAUUUCAUUGUACUCUAAUCUCAGGGUACAUGUGUUGUAUAGAAUUAACUUUGCUUAGUGCUGCUGUUCUGUGAAAUAAGCCUGUAAAUGUUUAGGGGGUAGAGGGGUGGUAACGGACCAAAGCUUUAUUUAUACCACUCAGAGAGCGGAGUCUUUAGCCCAGUGCUGUCCUGCUAUGCUUCCUUGUACACAAUGCUGCCUUAAGAGUAUGAAUGGAUGCACCAGCCACUCCUUCUAUGCACGGUACUGUUCAUUCCUCCAGAGCAAUAUGGCUCUGUUAUUAGAGGGCUGAGCCUUAGUAUCUGUUUACAUGUGUAGCCAGCCUGUAAAUGUCUCACUUAAGUGCCUUAUUUCCAGGUAUUUCUUGACCUGUUUUUUUGUGUUGUCACUUGGAAUAUAUUUUCUAGAGUAGUUGCAUGGUGAUGCUUACAUCAAGGUAGUGCAGGGGCUUGCCUCAGACUAGAUCAAUGCCUAGAGAAUGGUUGUCCUUACCUGCUCCAUCCUCUGUGGUUACAGUUCACCGUGUAGCCUGUCAGACACAUCUUGGCAAUUUAGUACUUGGGCAGGACAUGCAGAGGGUCAGCCACUGUUCUUCAGAACCCUUCUAAGACUUGGAGCCAACCUUCUGUCUGUUGUCCAAUGCAGGAAAGGCUGUUCUGAUGCACAGAUGCCCAAUAGCUCCCUUCCUGCAGCCACUGGGUGUAGGGUCCCAGCAUGGGGAGGGACAAGGCUGCCCAUGGAGAUCCACCUGGGAGAGAGGGGAGACAGCUGAAGGCAGACCCUGCUGGCACAGGAGUAACCUCUGGCAGUCAACAUGGAGCAGAGGGUGGUAAUGUAGUGCACUCUGCCAUGGAGUAGGAUGAGAUAGGAAAUGACUGUGAAUUAUUUGGCUUCAGAAGUUACACAGUUACCACCAUUUCCCCUAAGGAGCAACUGAUCAGAAUGAGGUUAUCAAAGAGAGCCUGUUCCUGCUCAAAAGAUGGCAGUACUACUGGAUUUAAAGACUAGGUUAAAGAAAUGCUCACUGAGGGCUUUCUUACCUCAAGUUCAAUAGAAAUUAAAAUCUAUUUUAGCACAUCAAUAGCAGUAUUUUUGUAAAAAUUAAGACAAUCAUUCUGCCCUUUUCCCUUCAAGGCCAACAUACUAUAUUAGCCCUUCAUGCUAGCAUAAAAGGCUUCAUUUACAUCAGAUUAAUAUCCCCCAUACUCACAUUGUCAGUACAAAAAGAUUAACCAUCCUGCCUGCAUUUUUUUCCCCCAAGAAUCUGUAGUAGGGGUACAAGAAUUUCAGAAAAUAUAGGCUUUUGGUAUUUAUACAAGAAAAAAGGCAAGAGCAGAUUCAAAUGUAUGCAAAGAACUUGCACAUGGCAGAUUUAGGUUGGAAUUUACUGUAAGGCAUGAAGUGAGGAAGACUGGACACCUGCAGAUAUAUUUUCCAGUGUUAGCAACAAAGCCUGCAGUAUUCUCAGUUUUUCAAGCUUAACUGUUUCACUAUUAGCAAGAUAAUACUGGCUUAUCCUGUACUUUCAGUGUUCCUUUGCAUUACCCUGUGAAGAGUAUUUUCAGUACUUUUGAAAUAUGGGUUUAUUUCCUGUAGCCAAGGAGGAUCAAACAGUGUCAGUCCUGGUGAGUGGGUCAGGCUGGCAGCUACCUUCAAUCUCAGUAGUGCUGGUAAUUUUACUCACACAUCCAGGUGUCAGGUACUAGUUGUCACUUAGUACUUUUAUCCUAUGGAAACUUAAAAUUGUGAAUAUCUACACUUCAGAGGUACUGACAGGUCAAGUACCUCUUUAUCUGCUUUUGAGGAGCUACUCAGAGUAUUGGUUCUGUGGGACAUUUGCUUGCCUGUUAGAAAAUAAAGCUUAAGCCUUGACUUCAGGUACUUCCAGAGCUGGUAAUGCCACAUCAGUUUGUUCAGAAUAUACAUACAAAGCAUCUUAAGCUGCCUGUGAAGGGCUGGAGGCCCUGGCUGCUCCCCUGGGGCUGAGCAGGGCAAUAGAAGAAAUAGCUUUUCUGCCUUGUGUGGAGCUGUGUUGAACAAGGGCAGCUUGCCAAUGGUGGGCUUUUCUGUCAUUUUAUUUGUUGGGUUUUUUUUUUUAACUUGGCAUAAGCCCAGCUGUCCAAAUUGCACAUCAGGUACUGUUCAGCCACCUCCUAGAGCUGCACCUUUUAAACCUGGGAGGGGCAAAGAGUCUCAAGGCAAGAGACCUGAGUAAAAGUAACAAAAGAUGCAAAGAAUCAGAAGGGGCUCGAAUUAGGAAGGUUGAAAUGCACUUCUUCCCCUGUGGAGUUCAGCUGGAGAAGACUUGAGACAUCUGGUGCAGUUUUUCACCUGCUCUUGGAGCCUUGCAAGCCACAGAGUGUUAACUGCUUAUGAAAUCCAAUCCUGAAAGUUGUUUUCUUAAGCUAGUACAUUCACUUACCUCAGAUGAGCCUUAAUGUGUCAAGUGACAUUUGAUUUUUUUUUUUUUUUUUAAAUAAAAGUUUUAUCCCUCACCAGUGUGUGGUCUGGUGAAUUAUUUACUGGGGCAAAGCUGAGCAUUCCUGCAUCCUGGGAACA